UUUCUUUGUUCUAAAUAUCAGUAAAAUAUGCUCAUUUUUGCAGAUGUUGGCCCCUAUCCUGCAGUUCUUGUCAGAUUUAAUGUGUAUUUCAAAUUUUGACAGAUAAAUUCCUCGUGAACUUCUAUGAAAUCCUGAGCAGAGCACAGCCGGAGCCAGCCAGCACAUGCAUCUUUAAUUUUUCAUUGAGGAUUUUGCAGACCAUGUUGUGUAACACCUUCCACAAUUUGUCACCUGAAAAUAUUGCCUGUGCAAUGAGAAACCCUGUCAAAGGCACACAUUUUUGUGGAACAUAGGCAUAACCAUCUAACUGCUGAUUUCAGUGACUUCACAGCAGGGUGAAUUUUGCUGAUUAAAGGUCAAAGUAUAUCAGAAGCAUAGGGAGCUGAAGUCAAUGCAAGCAGGUUAAGGCCUGGAGUGUGCGAUGCUGCUCUGUUAUCACUGCUAAAAAUAGCAGUUUUGCCUGUUCCUAUAGAACAACCAGUUCUGAUAUCUAGGCUAUCGCCUGCCAAUGGAGGCUUGUUCCAACCAGUAUAUUCAACCUUUUUUUCCCCAGUUUUAAAUUACUCAAGCAAUGGGGCUUCUGCUGCUUCCCGUAGGAUAUUCUUCCACAGCCCAUUGGAGAAGGCUUGCCUGUUCUCAUCGUACAGUGAUGAAUCAAGCGUAUACGCCAUAGCACUGGGAACAUGGAGCCCGCUCAGAUCACUGCGGCAAUUAUGAGCACUGUAAACACCACGUGCAUUAUCCUGCAGUAUAUGCAGAACCAGAACCUGCAAAAGCAAAACCAGGCGAGGAGGCGACAGCAGUGUGGUGACGAGAGUGAUGAGGACAUGGACAUAGACUUCUCACAAAGUAUGAGCCCCGGCAAUGUGCACAUCAUGGUCUUAAUGGGGCAGGUUCAUGCCAUGGAAUGCCAAUUCUGGGCCUGGGAAACAAGCACAGACUGGUGGGACCACAUAGUGUUGCAGGUCCGGGACGAUUCCAAGUGGCUGCGAAACUUUCGCAUGCAUAAAGGCACUUUCAUGGCACUUCAUGACUUGCUUUCCCCUGCCCUGAAGUGGCAGAAUAACAAGAUGAGAGCAGUCCUCACAGUUGAGAAGCGAGUGGCGAUAGCCCUGUGGAAGCCUGCAACACCAGACAGCCACCGGUCAGUUGGGCAUCAAUUUGGAGUGGGCAAAUCUACUGUGGGGGCUGCUAUGAUCCAAGUAGCCAAUGCAAUCAAAGAGCUGCUGAUAUCAAAGGUAGUGACUCUGGGAAAUGUGCAGGCCAUAGUGGAUGGCUUUGCUGCGAUGGGAUUCCGUAACUGUGGUGGGGCGAUAGACGGAACACAUAUCCCUAUUUUGGCACCGAAGCACCAAGCCAGCAAGUACAUAAACCGAAAGGGGUACUGUUCAAUGCUGCUGCAAGCACUGGUGGAUCACAGGGGACGUUUCACCAACAUCAACGUGGGAUGACCGGGAAAGGUACAUGACGCUCGCAUCUUCAGGAACUCUGAUCUGUUUCAAAAGCUGCAAAAAGGGACUUUCUUCCCAGACCAGAAAAUAACCGUUGGUGAUGUUGAAAUGCCUAUAGUUCUCCUUGGGGACCCAGCCUAUCCCUUAAUGCCAUGGCUCAUGAAGCCAUACACAGGCAGCCUGGACAGUAGUCAGGACCUGUUCAACUAUAGGCCGAGCAAGUGCAGAAUGGUGGUAGAAUGUGCAUUUGGACCUUUAAAAGUGCACUGGUUCAGUUUACUGACUCUGAUAGACCUCAGCGAAACCAAUAUUCCCAUUGUUAUUACUGCUUGCUGUGCACUCCACAAUAUCUGUGAGAGUAAGGGGGAGAUGUUUAUGGCGGGGUGGGAGGUUGAGGCAAAUCACCUGGCUGCUGAUUACGCACAGCCAGACACCAGGACGGUUAGAAGAGUACAGGAGGGCGGUGUGCAUCAGAGAAGCUUUGAAAACCAGUUUCAUGACUGGCCAGGCUAUGGUGUGAAAGUUCUGUUUGUUUCUCCUUGAUGAAACUCCCCGCCCCAUUGGUUCACUCUACUUCCCUGUAAGCUAACCACCCUCCCCUCCCCCCUUUGAUCACCACUUGCAGAGGCAAUAAAGUCAUUGUUGCUUCACAUUCAU